AAACUAUUCCCGUAUCUCCGAACCUGGCAACCGUGUAGAACUUGAGCAGGGGGACCUCGGGUCAGAAAGUCGUCAGAUUCUAAUCAAAUCGUUGGAAAUGGCUUUACCGGCGCGGCAUAGUGCGGCUCUCCUGAAGCCGUUGUCAGCGGCUGUCUCCUUUAUCCGCCACCUAUCUACCGACUCCGCUGCAGUCAUCACAGUAGAGACCAACCUCCCCUUCAGCGCCCACAGGAUAGAUCCUCCAUCGCGCUCCGUUGAGACGACCCAUAAGGAGCUGUUGGACUUCUUCCGAGAAAUGGCGCUGAUGCGUAGGAUGGAGAUCGCAUCCGAUUCGCUCUACAAGGCCAAGCUCAUUCGAGGCUUCUGUCACCUGUACGACGGUCAGGAAGCGGUUGCCGUCGGCAUGGAGUCCGCGAUUACCAGAAAGGACUGCAUCAUCACAGCAUACCGAGACCACUGCAUCUACCUUGCCCGCGGGGGGACGCUACACGAAGCUUUUUCGGAGCUUAUGGGACGAAAAGAUGGAUGUUCUAAGGGCAAAGGGGGCUCUAUGCACUUUUACAAGAAGAAUAAUGGAUUUUACGGAGGCCACGGGAUUGUAGGGGCUCAGGUUCCGCUAGGUAUUGGAUUGGCGUUUGCUCAGAAGUACUCAAAAGAGGAUCAUGUCAGUUUCUCUUUAUACGGAGAUGGUGCUGCCAACCAAGGUCAACUCUUUGAAGCUUUGAACAUGGCGGCGCUUUGGGAUUUGCCUGCUAUCUUGGUGUGCGAGAACAAUCACUAUGGAAUGGGGACAGCAGAAUGGAGGGCAGCAAAAAGUCCUGCCUACUAUAAGAGAGGGGAUUAUGUACCUGGUCUAAAGGUGGAUGGUAUGGAUGUUCUUGCUGUUAAACAGGCAUGCAAAUUUGCCAAGGACUAUGCUCUGAAGAAUGGACCAAUAAUUCUUGAAAUGGACACCUAUAGGUACCAUGGGCACUCCAUGUCUGAUCCUGGAAGCACCUAUCGCACACGUGAUGAAAUCAGCGGAGUCAGACAGGAGCGUGAUCCAAUAGAAAGAGUCAGAAAGUUAAUAUUAGCUCAUGAUUUAGCAACGGAAAAGGAGCUGAAGGAUAUUGAGAAGGAAGUGAGGAAAGAGGUAGAUGAAGCCAUAACAAAGGCAAAGGAGAGCCCCAUGCCAGAUCCUUCUGAGCUCUUCACCAAUGUAUAUUCAAAAGGGUUAGGAACUGAGUCUUUCGGAGCAGACAGGAAAGAAGUAAGAGCAACACUCCCAUGAAAGAGAUGUUUGGCAACACAACCAUCUGAAUGAGUACACACACAGGAGAUUUGUGGAAUCAUAACCGGCAUACUAAAAAUUUCAAUCUCCAUGAGUCGAAUCCCUAAAUCUCAUAUGACAUUGGUUGGAUAGUGUAAUUAUUCUUACUGAAAAACCUAUGAUUUUGAAUAGAUAUGGAGGAGCUGUGUCUGAGUAGUUUUUUGUUGUUGCUGUGGUGAUAAUCCCUCAUGAAAAUCUUACUCAUGCACCAUUGUAUGAAAGAUUGAAAGUCUCAUUUGACUAUUUGAGCUUCAACAUGUUCAGAACAAUUGGCUGAUAAAAAACCAUUGUAUUGAAGGGCGGCUUGUUUGGUAGUAUCUAGGGAUUUUACUUUCAUUUUCUAUUAAAUACCUAAAUAAACAUUUUUUUAUGUUUGGUGUACACUAAAAAAAGUCUCCUUGUGUGGAACAUUUUUCCUCGUGUAUGGGAAACGGAAUUUGAGAUCGCUUUUUCUUA